AUGGAGCAAGUUCUCUUUUGCUGGUUCGACGUUACAGCAAAUGGCGCUGCGGCCGCUGUAGCGAAUCCCACAUGCAGCCUGAAGGACAAUUGCAAUCCGGGCGAGAAUCUGCUGUCGGUGAACGCGGACAGCGAUCCAGUUGAAUCGCACAUCGCCUCCAUAUUCGAGGAUAAGGUCAACUAUAGCCUAAAGCUGUUCGCGGAUGAUGCCAAUGCGGCAACAACAACAACAACAACAACAACAACUGGCAGCAGCACCUCGACCACAGUGCUGGAUGUGCUCCACGAUGCGCUCGCUGCCGCCAAUCUCAGCGAGCUGCACCACGCAACCACCACAACGAGCCGCAGCACCGCCAACUACACGCUGCGUCAAUUGAGCGACAAGCGCGAGGAUAACGAUCAGAUCGAGGAUGACGAGCGCGUUUAUUUGUACAACAUUGGCAAACGGUUUCUGGCCAUCUCGCAGCCUUUCGAUGCGGCACGCAAUCCGGAUGCCUCGCCGCUGUGCCGCGCGCAGAUGCGACGCUAUAUGACGGCGUUGAACAAUUUCGAUUUGUGGGCCUUGAAAAUGCACGAUGCCAGCGGCAAACUGAACUCGGGCAUACUCAAUGGCAACAUCAACCAGCCGGGCGACUUUGAUCAAUGCAUGGGCAUACAGCAGGCAAACGAUGACGUCACAAGCGGCAACAAUAACGAUGACACGCAGGCGAAUUCGACGCUGCGCGGCCAAUACUGUUUGGCCUACGCACAGCCAGUGCUACCACAUAAAUCGAAACGUUUGCAGACCUUCUUCAAGCUGCUGCAAUCGCACGGGCCCUUCAAGAGCGAAUUCAAUGACCCGGGUCACCGUGUGCCGCGCUACUCCCUGAUCAAUUGGGGCAUCUGCGUGCCGUCGGGCUGCACGUACCGCGACGUCGAGUACAGCGUGGCAGAGUAUCUGCGGAACCAGACGGCCGCGACGGGUAUCAGCUUCAAUGUGCGCGUCGAGCCGCAGAUGUGCCAGGUGCGGGAUCCACAGCCCUGGGAUCGGAACACCACCUGGGCGGUGCGUUUCUUUGUGCUGGUCGUCUGCUUGGCGAUACUCUCCACGGUCUACGAUCGCAGCACCAAGACGCAGCCGAAGCAGAAUGACUGGUGCACCGCCUUCUCGCUGGACAAGAAUCUGCGCUGGCUUUUCAGCACGCGCAGCUCGCCGGGCGACAUCGAGGCUGUGCAUGGCAUUCGAUUCCUGAAUGCGAUUAUGCUCAUCUUCUCCCACAAGUCGAUGGCCAUGUUCUUCAAUCCGUACAACAAUCGAACGGCCAUGUCGGAGAGUCUGGGUCAGCCAUGGACGGUCAUCGGACGCGCCGCCUCCCUCUACACGGAUCCCUUUCUCCUGUUCAGCGGCAUGUUGACCUCCUACUCGCUGUUCGGGCGUCUCAUGAAGCAGCAGCCCAUUCGGCUCAAGAAUGAGUACAUCAGUCGUCUGAUGCGCAUUGUUCCGCCCCUGGCCGCCCUGAUACUCUUCUGUACGUACGUGCUGCCCCUCUGGGGCUCCGGCCCGCAGUGGAACCUAGUCGUGGGCCACCAUGCGGACAUCUGCAAGCAGCAUUGGUGGCGCAACCUGUUGUUCAUCCACAACUAUUUUGGAUUCAGCGAGAUGUGCCUGACGCACACCCAUCAUCUGGGCAUCGAUACGGAACUGUUCGCAGUGGCGCCGCUCUUCAUCUUGAUCCUCUGGCGUUGGCCUCGUCGCGGCCUUCUUGCCCUGCUGCUGCUCUGCACGAUCGGCACUGCGGCGCGCUAUUACACAACCAUUGUCAACCAGCUCUCCAACUACAUAUACUUUGGCACCAACAUACAGCGGCUGUUCCGCACUGCGGACUACAUGUACUCGUUCCCGCCGCACCGCUCCACGGUGUACAUCAUGGGCAUCCUGCUGGGCUAUGCGCUGCGCAAGUAUCAGGGCGUCCAGCUGAGUCCGCUGCAGCUGCGUCUCGGCUGGCUGGCGGCGACAGUCUGUGUGCUGGCCUCGCUGUUGGGCCCGGCGCCGAUGGGGCACAUCGACUACGUCUACAACUCGACGCAUGCGGCGAUCUACGCGGCAUUUGCGCCGAUUGCCUGGUGCCUGUUCUUCUCCUGGAUUGUCUUCGUCUCCCACAAUGGCUACAAGAAUAAACUGACCAGACUGUUCAGCUGGCGCGGCUUCCAGGUCUCCACGAAGCUCUCGUAUGCCAUUUACCUCACGCAGUUCCCCGUCUUCUUUUACAACGUCGGACGAAGGCGUCACAUACACCACUAUUACAACUUUGUCUCCAUUAUUCUCGAUACCAACGAAUUCAUCUCGAUCUUCUUGGCCUCCGUCGCGCUGACGGUGCUCUUCGAUGCGCCCUUCCAGAACCUCAAGAAGCUGCUGAUCAAGCGGCCCGCCAUCCAGUCGAAGGCGCCAGCGACAACGUCCAGCACAAUGCCAACAACUGGCACUGCCUUACGGGAGCAGCAACUGGAACCAGAACCGGAACUGGUUCCACAUCAGCCGCAUCCGCACGCCGAUUAGCCUGAAGCUUUCUUUGUAUUUGUAUUUUGUAAAUUUGUCUUAGCAUUUAGUGGCAAUGUAUUUAAUUACCCGA